AUGAGCCGCCCACGCUUCUUCAACGGGCCUCGCAAGGGCGAAAACUUUGAGCUCCGGGCCGACCUCAACUCCGAGUACAGGGAUCGCCGCAAGGAUGCCAUCAAGCGCGUCAUUGCCAACAUGACCGUCGGCAAGGACGUCUCCGGCCUCUUUCCAGACGUGCUCAAAAACAUGCAGACAGAGGACAUCGAGCAGAAGAAGCUCGUCUACCUCUACCUCAUGAACUACGCAAAGACUCAGCCCGAGCUCGUCAUCCUCGCCGUAAACACCUUUGUCAAGGACACCGAGGACGCCAACCCGCUGAUCCGAGCGUUGGCCAUCAGGACCAUGGGCUGCCUGCGCGCGGAAAAGAUCAUCGACUACCUCUCCGACCCGCUCGAAAAGGGCCUCCGCGACGACAACCCCUACGUGCGCAAGACGGCCGCCAUCUGCGUCGCCAAGCUCUACGACCUCAAGCCCGAGCUCGCCGUCGACCGCGGCUUUGUCGGGCUGCUCAAGGACAUGGUCGGCGACAGCAACCCGAUGGUCGUCGCCAACGCCGUCACCGCCCUCACCGACAUCCACCAGACCGCGCUCGAGACGGAUCCAUCGGGCAGCUCGGCCAUCUUUGUCAUCGACUCCGACGUCCUCACCAAGCUCCUCAUCGCGCUCAACGAGUGCACCGAGUGGGGCCGGAUCGCCAUCCUCAACUCGCUCGCCCGCUACAAGAGCCGGGACGAAAAGGAGGCCGAGCACAUCUGCGAGCGCGUCAUGCCCCAGUUCCAGCACGCCAACGGCAGCGUCGUCCUUGGCGCCGUCAAGGUCAUCAUGAUCCACAUGGCCAAGGUGCGCAAGGACGACUUUGUCAAGCAGCUCGUCCGCAAGAUGGCGCCGCCCCUCGUCACCCUCAUCUCGUCGGCGCCCGAGGUGCAGUGGGUCGCCCUCCGCAACAUCAACCUCGUCCUCCAGAAGCGGCCCGACAUUCUCUCGAGCGAGCUGCGCGUCUUCUUCUGCAAGUACAACGACCCUUCGUAUGUCAAGCUCGAGAAGCUCGAGAUCAUGAUGAAGCUCGCAAACGAGCGCAACGUCGACAUGCUCCUCAGCGAGCUCAAGGAGUACGCCUCGGAAGUCGACGUCGACUUUGUCCGCCGGGCGGUGCGGGCGAUUGGUCAGUGUGCCAUCAAGAUUGACGCCGCCGCGGAGCGAUGCGUCCACGUGCUGCUCGACCUGAUCGCCACGCGCGUCAGCUACGUGGUCCAGGAGGCCGUCGUGGUGAUCAAGGACAUCUUCCGCAAGUACCCAUCCAACUACGAGGGCAUCAUCCCGACGCUAUGCUCCAACCUCGAGGACCUCGACGAGCCCGAGGCCAAGGCGUCGCUCAUCUGGAUCCUGGGCGAGUACGCCGAAAAGAUCUCCAACUCGGAGGAGCUGCUUGCCCUCUUCCUCGACAACUUCACCGAGGAGCCGUACCAGGUCCAGUUCCAGACGCUGACGGCCAUCGUCAAGCUCUUUCUCAAGAAGCCCGACGGCCAGGCGCAGACCAUCGUCCAGCAGGUGCUCGAAAAGGCGACGAAAGAGUGCGAGAGCCCGGAUAUCCGGGACCGGGCGUUUAUCUACUGGCGGCUGCUGUCGAGCUCGGACUCGAAUGCCGGAAAGUCGGUCAUCCUUGCGCAAAGACCGCCAAUCUCGAUCCCGCUGACAAGCGUCCCGCCAGCGCUGCUCGACGAGCUCAUCUCGGACCUAUCGUCGCUGGCAUCGGCCUACCACAAGCCGGAGUCGACCUUUAUCGGGCGCGGGCGUCUCGGUGCGGACGGCAUCAAGGCGCGGGCAGACGCCGAGGACGACAUCACGCGCGAAAAGGCGCUGGCGACGGUGGUCCAGGGACAGAAGAGCGAAAACCUGCUCGACUUUGGCGACGACGACGAGGCCUUGCCUGCGGCGACGGGGGCGGGAGCGGCGAGCGGUGCCGGUGCGCUCGGCGGGCUCGACGACCUCAUGAUGGGCGCGAGCAUCUCUGGCAGCGGCGGGUCGGCGGCGACGAGACCGGGCGCGGCGGCAUCAGCAGGGGCCGGACAGCUCAACGACCUGCUCGGCCUGUUCGACUCUGCACCUGGCGCCGAGGUGCCCGGGGCGCAGUCGGGCGUCGAGGCGCUCGGCUCGCUACCCGUCAUGUCGGCGACGGCAGCCUCUCCGCUCAGCGGCGGCGGCGGCUUCGCAUCGCCGGGCAUCUUCUCUCCCAACCCGACAGGGACCGCCGCCAACGGAUCCGGCAACGCCAAACCGCCUGCGACAGCACCACCACAGCAGAACGACGACCUGCUGGGCCUGUUUUAG